UAAGGCGUCCUCCGCGGCUUGCGGGAAAAAACGCGCAGGUUGUGCAAAAGUGGCUGAUUGUGCCGGCUCGCCUGUCUCUGGCGGCGGCUCUGCGAGGGACCCUCGGAGAUGUGACCGCCUCCCGUAGGCCGGCUGUGCGGAUUGUUACUCUUCUUUUUCUUCUUCUGCUUCUUCUUCUUCUGCAGCGGCAGCAGCAGCUGCUCUCUGGAGCCAGCGACCUUUUCUGUGGGCGGAACAUGCUUUAAAACUCUUCUGCCCAAGCCAGCGACUACCUGUGAGUCACCAUGGCAACCAAGCAACCUCCCCCUCUGAUGAAGAAGCACAGCCAGACAGACCUUGUGAGCCGCCUGAAGACACGGAAGAUCCUAGGGGUUGGGGGGGAGGAUGAUGAUGGAGAAGUUCAUAGGUCAAAGAUCAGCCAAGUCUUGGGCAAUGAAAUCAAGUUUGCUGUGAAGGAACCCUUAGGGCUCAGGGUUUGGCAGUUUGUGACAGCUGUCAUGUUUUCUGGGGUUGCCAUCAUGGCUCUCGCCUUUCCUGAACAGCUCUACGAUGCUGUCUUUGAGGAAGAGUCAGUCAACAGUAAGACACCUAUCCGUCUGUAUGGAGGAGCCUUACUAAGUAUCUCCCUCAUCAUGUGGAAUGCCUUGUACACAGCUGAGAAGAUCAUAAUGCGUUGGACUCUGCUGACAGAAGCAUGUUACUUUGGAGUACAGUUCUUGGUCACCAGCAUCACCCUGGUUGAGAGCGGCCGGGGGUCCACGGGAGCCACACUGCUCCUCAUCAGUCGGGUCCUCUUUGUACUUAUCAGCUUUUAUUAUUAUUACCAACUUGGACGCAGACCCAAGAAAGUCUAACUUCCACGACUGCUGAGGGCUGGUGCAGAGAGGGGGCUGUCAUAAUUUCUGCAUUCCUUUUGCUCAUUUUUGUGGGGCUUUUUUUCUCUCUUUCUUUUUUUUUAAAAAAACAACCACCAGACUUCCUUACGGCAUGCAUCAAUGUAUAAAUAAAUCCAGUGCUGUUGUUGCCACCACACUGGAGGUGGAAGAGGAGAGUUCAAGAUGACUCCAUGGGAAGAGGCCAUGAAAACAGAGAUAAGGCAGGAGAUUCAGGGAUGUGGGUGGGCAAGAUUAGCUAUUUGUAGCCAUUCUCCUCUGUGAAUCUAGGCAGUGAUACAUGAUCAAAAUAUACACUCGCGGAAACAGCAUCAUUUCAAAACGACAUUCAAAGGGCAAAGAAAGUGAUAUCAGCUCCUGUGUACAGGGGACGAAUUGGGAAUCUUUUCUCUGCAACUGGCAAUCUGCUGUUGGGGCUUUUGGUAGCAUUCCCUUCGGUUGAAAUGUGUGCUGGGGACUUGCCAUAUAAAGGGCUCAAAAGGGCCAUAUUUUCCUUAUCUUCUAGGACGUUGGAAGUCAGUAACCUGAAGAGAUUCCUUAGGUAGUGAUGUCCUUGUUAUGAAUGCAACCUAUUCUUUUUUUUUAAAAAAAGAGAGCAUUUGCUGUAGUAAUUUUAAAAAAUGAUUCCAGCUGAUUUUUGAAGGAGUUCUUGAAAAAAUAUCAGAUUUGGCUAUUGCUGCCUCUUUGUUUUGUGGGGUAUCUCCCCGCCCCCCAACCCUACCACCACUCUUCCUGUUGGUUUAUUCUGUUGGCCUUUUUAGUUCUAAAUGUUACAAAAAAUGCCUUCAGAUGAUUCUGGAUGGAGUCUGUUAGAAAGGAAAUGGGGCAAGGGACCAAUAAGGAAACCGUGAGUUCACACAAUCUCUUGUUUACAAAAAAAAUGGCAACACACAGUAAUACACUUGAACAGAAGUGGGCAAGACGUGGCCCUCCAGAUUAUGUUGGAGCUUCAGCUGCAGCCAGCCUCUGCCAGCAUGGCCAACCGUGAGGGAUAGUGUAAGUUGUAGUCCAGCCACAUCUGGAAGGCCCAGGGGUUAGCCACUUCUGCACUCUAUGGUUUAAUUGCUACCAGGCACCAGCCCGUUCAAAAGGAAAAUACUAUACUAUACUUUUGUGGGAACACAUUCCUAAAUUGAGUAACCAAGAAAACUGCAGGAAAAGGCCAUGAUACAAAAGUGGUUGCAUGUACUUGCUAGACUAGUUCAGUGCAUAUGCUGGAAUGACGUGUAUUAGCCUCCCCCCCCCCACUCCCCGAUUGUGGUGGUCCUUCUAGCCUUCUGUGAAAUAGAUUAGCAGUGCAAGAGGCUGUGUACAUCUGGUUCCUCUGUCACUUUCCACAGGGUUCUACCCCAACUGAAUUGCUUACUUUUACCAUAUUGUGAGUUACGGAUAUGAGUCUGGGCCCAGAGGCAUGUUUGCACAUCAGGUGCCUGCUUGGUGUGAGGAAGAGGCUGCCAUAGGGCUGCAAAGUCUCCUGAACUCACUGGCUGUGCUAGAGAGUGGGAUCUGUGGUGGUCUCCAUGUCUGGUGGCCUGUGUAAUGUUUGCCAGUAGCGAUGGGUAACCCAUCCCAAACAUCUGAGGCAUUCCGACUAUUAGCAUUUCAUUCUUAACCAAAAUUAAAGCAAUGAAUAUAUUUCAUUGAUAUCUCCUGCCUCAAUCUCAGUGUGAAUAAUGAUGUUGGAGAGACUAGUAUAGUUUUGAUGUUGAAGGAUGUUUCUCUCGGUGUGCCAAUGAAUCUUUCCCAAAUAGGCAAACAGACCAAAGUUUGAAAUCUCUCCUUCUCUUCCCCCCACCCCCUACCCUCGUUGGGAUUUCAAAUAUAAUUAGGAAGUGUUUACCAUCCUCCUACAGACCACAGUCUUAUUUAUUACUUUGGGCUCUGCUCUAGCAUUUCCCCAUUUUUAAAGCUUUUGAUAAAUGCAAUGAAGUUUCAAAUCUCAGUCCUCCAUAGAUACACCUCACAGUAUAGUCUUUGCAUUUUGUACUCCUCUUGAACUGAGACAGGAGGAAUUCUGUAUUGGUUGUGGAUUUAAAGGCUGUUUGUCAGGACAGGUGUGUCGACCAGCCAUUUUGAAGUGGAUGCAGCAAAUCUAGGAUAGGUGCCUGUGUAUCCACCUUUGUGCCAGGACUGCAGUACCUGCAUGGGAACACUUUACCCUUUUGAGACUGAGACAACAUCCUCACACCUUCAGCAACAAGAAGAAAAUGUACUCGGAAAGUCACAGGGACCCUUCAUGGACUGUUGGCAACAUGCACCGUCUUUUGGCUGCAGUGGUCUCCCGAAGACUUCCUUUACCUUCUUUUGGCAUCAAACGUCUGCAUGAACUUGGACUACCAUGAGUGUUGCAGUUUGAGGCCGCAUCAAGUGGGUCCUCAAAGACUAUUUGAACUGAAUAUCCAUGUUGAUCAUGCAAGUGUAGACUUUAGAACCCCAGGGUAAUGGUGCCUAGUGGUCCAGCGUGAGGUUUAACUCCUCCAACCUGAGCAAUUUUGUUAAUGCUAGUUUUAAGUGUCACUCUCAGUUCUUUCGUCUGUAUGUACACUAUGUGAAAUAAGUAUGGUUUUCAGCA